AUGUGGGCUGAGAGCAUCCAGGAGUGCUACGAGUCCGGCAUCGCUCAGUUCUUCUGCCCCAUGAAUGAGGAUAUCACGCUGAUUCCGUGGUCCCGGAACGUGCUUUGCAAGGUGUGUAGCAUCGAGGCCUUCGAGGACACAGACCCGCGGGCUCAAGUUCUCACAGGCCGGCUCUACUUUGGCCCCAACCAGCGAGGUGGGGAGGCCGAUGAGAGCCUGCUUUGGGGCUACCGUCUCACCUUCGUGGAUGCCUGUGGAGCAGAGCUGUCGGAGUUCGGCAAGGUGCCAAAGCGCACCUAUCCCCCGGCUGUCUGCUGCGAUCCUUGGCGCUACAGCUUUGACCUGGAUUCUGUGUCUGUUCCCGACGGUGCGACCGCGAUACAAGUCGCUCCCUACAAGGAGAACUGGCAUUUGCUUGGAGGAGCUUCUGUUGAAUUCGUCGACUUCCACGUGUCCACCUCCACAACGUCAAGUCACACUACGUCCUUCACGAACACCACGCUCAGCACCACAACCACGAGCAACAGCACGGUCAGCAGCACCUUGACAACUUCCACGUAUUCGAGCACAAGCUUCUCGACCACCGGGUCAAGUUCCAGCCUCACCACGCUCUCCACUACCACGAUUUCCACCAUCACCGGCACCAGCACGACGACCACCGGCACCUUCACCGAAAGCAUCGCGCAAAGUCGGCAGCCAGCCUGGCUGUGGCCAGUCGCCCUGCUCGCAAUGCUUGCCUGA